AUGGAUGGGCGAAACACACACAGUCGGGGCGAUGCUGUCUUCAGCGUCACUUGUGCCCUCCUCGGCGCUUCUUUCCUCUUCGUUCUCCUCAGCACGCUCUCAAGGGCCUUCAUCGUUCGGAAAAUCGCAGCAUAUGGCUGGCUCCUGGUGUUAUCAUGGAUCUUGGGCUUGGGCAUGUCUGUCGCCGUCUGCUACGCAACUAAAUACGGAUUGGGAUUGCACCAACAACAUAUUCCUGCGGAAUGGAUGCCAGUGCUGGGCCGGGCGAGCUAUGUCUUUUCGAUUUUGUACAACCCGGCGCUUAUGGCACAGAAGUCCGCGAUCCUCUGCUUGUAUCUGAACAUCAUGUCGAGCAAUGAUAUUUGCAGGUGGUUCACCAUCGCUACUCUGGUCGUGGUCAACGUGGGCGGGCUGACGCUUACAUUGUUGAGCGCGUUUCGCUGUCACACACUCGGUGCAGCUCUCAACAUAGCUUCUGCUCCAGGCGUUGGAAAGUGCAUUAGCCUUUUGACGAUAUACUUAUCGUCAGCACCUCUCAACAUCGUCACGGACAUUGUGAUCCUACUUAUUCCCAUGCCGCUCCUGGCGAGCUUGCGACUUCCUGGAUCACAAAAGGCAGCAAUCAUCUUUGUCUUCAGCGUCGGCAUCUUCGUUGCGGCUGUCGACGUAGUCCGGAUCGCCUAUUUGGAGCGUGCAUCUCAGUCGAUCCUACAAGCUGUCUUUCAAGGCACAAACGCCAGGUACAAGGACAACUCCACAGACGACUUUACGUGGUUUGCCUCUUAUAGCUACAUGUGGUCCGUGGUGGAAGUGCACGUUGGGAUCAUGUGCAGCUGCGUUCCCGCACUCAAGCCUUUGGUCCAGAAGGUCUUCUCCAAGAGUCCUCACCAAGUCGAUGAGAUUGCCGAGGAUUCCCAAUGGUUGAAGGACUACCACGCCGCUCCUGCUUCUCCGACCGAGAUGACUUGGCAAGAGUGCCUUUCUCCAACGUCCAAAGGCGAUCUGCGCAGCCUCCACCUUGAGAUCAAAUCUCCGGGCCCUACAGUACCCAGCAUACAUCACAAAGGCCAGGAUGCUUCAGCCUGGACGCCAAGUCCCGAAAAUCGAACGCUCUCCUUCGCCACAUUCGCUUCUGAGCCUUACGUGGAGCGCGUUGUGUCCAAGUCGUCUACCCGCAAAAGUCUCACCGAAUUGAGCACACGUCAAGCACUCGGCCCUGGAAUCGCCAUUUCCGUACUCUUCCUGAUAUGGGGCUUCGAAUAUGGAGUGCUUUCGGUCCUCAAUGACGUCUUUCAAAAGGCAGCGCACCUCACCCCGGGCCAACUCACAGCACUUCAUAGCUCGUACUACAUUGGCUACUUCGUGGGACCUCUGACAAUCGGCUAUCCCAUCCUGAAGAGAUGGAACUUCAAGACAUGCGGCGUUGCAGGCCUUGCAAUCUAUGCUUUCGGGACGCUUGUGUUCUGGCCGGCGGCAGUUCUCAACUCCUUUCCGGUCUACUUCAUCUCCAACUUUAUUGCUGGGGCUGGUCUCUCGAUGGUCGAAGUUGCCGCGGAUACUCUCAUCCUCCUCUGUGGUCCAGACCGGUUUGCCGAAGUUCGACUCUGCUUCAGUCAAGGCGUUCAAGCGGUCGGCACAGUCGUGGCUCCCUUGAUACUGCAACAAGCCUUCAAGGACAGCUCAUCACCGGCCAAUACGUUGGUCCAGACCCAAUGGGCAUACCUUGGCGUUGCGAUGAUUGCCACUCUUCUAGCAGUCAUCUACUUUGCACUUCCUUUCGACGAAGGCAUGGAUCAAGAAUUGACCGACGUUGUCCGCGAAGACAACAGUCCCUGGGAUACUUGCGCCGCACUACCUGUGCCAUUCAUCUUGGGAACCUUGAGCAUCUUCUGCUACGUCGGAGCACAAGAAGUCAACGCAACGUCCUUCAUGCCUUUCGUCACAUCUUACGAGCCAGGAUGGAGCAGCUGGUCUUUCCUGGCCAUCGCCCAUUCCGCAUUCGCGGUCUCACGCUUCGUAGCAGCUUUCGUGGGACUCUGGAUCAAGCCCAAGAUCAUGCUCUUUGCACUCGCGACGACAGCCGUCGUCUUCCAGUGUCUUACUGCAGGAGCAGAUCUAUCGAACGACACAGCAACCUCGAUGCUAAUGGUAGUCUUCUUUGUCGAGGGACCUAUCUUCCCCUUACUGUUUGGCACGACUUUUCGGAGCCGCAUGAGAAAGCGCACUCGACUGUCUGCGGCAAUGAUCACAGCAUCUAUUUCUGGUGGUGCGGUCUUUGCACCAAUUUCCAGCGCGAUACAGCAAGGUGGCUUGUCUACGUAUCGAUCGAGUCUGUUCGUCGCUGCGGCUGCGUUUGUGCUGGUAUGGGCCUUCUUGGGAUUCGAAGGCUUAGGAGGUAUGGUAAGGAGAAGGGGGAAGUCAUAA